CCCCCUCACCGCGCCCAUUUCAUUAUUUAUUUCCGUCUUUGGCGUAGCGGGCGAACGCGCCUUGGCGAAUGAUCGAUAACUGUUGCUUAUUAAUCGCCCGCUGCGUUUCGUCGUCAAUAAUAAAUUGUUAACAUCCUUUGGAGAGGUCGCGGCUACGAAGGAGCGUGCGCAUGGUUGGCUAAAUACGGUGUAAAGAAAUUCAAGAUAUAUACAACAUCUUGAUGCUGAGGGAGCCUCCUUGAAGAAUCGUCUUGAGACACGGUCGUGGGGUGUUCCUGCCGCCCUGGCGUCACGCGCUGCCCCACCUCGGUGCGGACGCUCCUGUCGAUGCCGAUCUGCUGGCCACGGCGCGAUGGAGAGUUGACGUCGCCUGGCCCAGGGGAUAUCCAGCGAGGGGGAGACGCCCGCCCAACAUGGCUCUGCACAAGAGGCAAGUGUUCCUGUCGCCGGAGGUGGCGCGCUCCGUACUGCGCCGCUACGGCCGCGACAACGCAUACCUGGAGGAGAUGAAGCAGGGCAACAUCGAGCGCGAGUGCGUGGAGGAGCGCUGCAACUACGAGGAGGCGCGCGAGGCCUUCGAGAACGACGAGAAAACCAGGGAGUUCUGGAUCGAGUACACGGCGGAGCACAAGGCGCCGGACUCGGAUGGCGCCGUGAGCCUCUUCGUGGUGGUUCCCGUCGCCACCUUCCUGCUGCUGCUGCUCGUGGGACUGCUGUCGCUGUGGCGCUACCGCUCGCGCCGCCUCCCGGAGCAGUCGGAGCACCCCUCCCCGCUCGAGCACCAGCAGCACCGCGCGUACGAGCACGGCGCCGGCCUCGACUACCGCCUCCCGCAGGCGCGGGGCUGCCCGGCCGUGCUGCUCGAGGCUCCGUGCGAGGGCCUGCGCGGCCUCGCGGGGGACGGCGCCACGGCGUCGCUCGGCCACCGGCCCAGCUCGGCGUCCGUCGCGUCGCGCGUCUCCAACGUGGAGCCGCCGCCCUCGUACGAGGAGGUGACCGGCCUGGCGGCGGCGGCGGCGGCCGCGGCGGCGGCGGCGGCGGCGGGGCGCGCCGCCAGCCCCACGCCCAGUGGGCCGCCGCCCGCCUACGACGACAUCAUCGUGGGCGACGUCGCGAGCAGUCCCGUGUCGCCGCUACCGCGCAGCGACAACGGCGACGACGACGACGACGACAAGUGACGCCAUUUAGCCCCUCCGACUGUGCUCUCACAUCGUGGACGGUUGGAAUUCAUCACAACUCUUCUUUGGAAAAGCACAGCGGGCCGUCAUUGAUGUCCGGCCGUACUCUCUGUGGUCCCUCACCACGCAGUUUGACCGGGCUGUUGAGCGGGAGCCCGGAUUGUGAACGGAGGAGCCGGCUCUUGAGAAGCCACCAGCUCACGUCGCUCACCAAUCCGGUGUCGGCAACAAAUACAAAGCACGUCCAGAAUCCUGCUUGUGCGUGCGUGUGCGUGCGUGCGCGUGCGUGCGCGUGCGUGUGCGUGCGUGUGCGCCGAACGAGGCGCCCUCGUGCUCAACACCGCCGCUCAAGCGCGAGCAACACCAACCGGUGAAGGAACUGCGCGACACCACGAGAGUACGUCGACGACCGAACCCAUGCUGUUAGACUUGCAGAGUGAAGAAUUGUGUAGUUUGUCUUUGAGGUUACAGGGACAUUGCAUGCACGUGGUCUGUGUCCUUACAUAGACAGUGUGUUGAUUGAAACCCUUUCUCUCCACAUAGUCCCCUUCACGUGCAGUGCUCUUGGUUCCUCGGUGUCUCAAGGCUUUAAGCUCUGCCCGGAAUUGCUGCUCAACCGACACGUUUGUUGCAUGCAUUGCUUUCACUAUGCCAUUGCUUUGUCUCAUGUCAAGGCGGUCGUCGCCAGGUCCGGUCAGUUGCGAGUUCUCUAUAUUGUUACCGAUUUUUUCUUAUUUCCAUGGAUUUUUUCAGAUUUUUCUUCUCCAAUUUUGAGGUUAACGUGCACAUGAUAUUUUCCGUGUACCUGCAAAAACGAAAUGAAAGUGAUACUUGGCAAUCCUUUUCGCUGAAGACUCUCACACUCGGUUGUAGCACCACUCCUGUGUCAUGCCACAGACGUUUGUCUUUUCCCUCGUAGCUGCUGUAUGGACUGAGAGGGAGGCCGGAUUAUUGAUAACUUAGUAAAUGCUUGCGAGCAAUCCUGAAGCUUCGAAGUCACACACGUCCAGAUGCAUUCCCAAAUAAUGCCUUUCUUGCUUGGAUUUUGAUUGGUUUAGAGCUGGGACGAUUUGUGCUCAAUUACUCAGGUUCCUUUACACUAAACUAUUUACAUUUUUUUUACCAUUAAUGAGGGGCCCCCUGACAACCUUCAUCCUUCCGAAGGUAGGAAACCCCUUACAAGCGUGACGCGACCGACGAUACAUAUAUCACCAAACCCACCCCGUCACCGCCCGUCCAGCGGCACGUGGAACAGAUUCGAGACUCCCCCCCCCCCCCCCCCCCCCAACUAUUUUCACGUCCAGUUAAGUAGAGUAGUCGUGUCUCGUAAUUUCUUCGAUAAUCCGACAUCCCGGCACCAAAGAGCAAAAUCGGUCGCCCGCUCUCGGCCAGGGCUGUCAAACUUUUUUUUCCCCAUGACGUGCGACGGUGGCGACCGCGUCAAUAGAAGCCGCAAGGAUAGCAAACUCGUCGUCACAACUGAGCUUCCCAUGGCCGGCUGUGGGCCAAUUACCCAUUCGGGCCAGAAAGGGCCCAUUGGGGGUGGUGGAGGACCUCAGGAGAGUGUUGAGCCAUUCCAGUCCAAUGAAGUGUAUUGAGCUACCCAUAAAUGAGGUGAUAAUACUUUUAAGGAGUAGCUAUGGUCACAAUAUUGUAAAACCAACUCGUCCUAAUGCUGUAUUUAAGACGAAUCUGGUGUGAAUAUGAAACUCCGAGUUGACCAGAUGCAUUUCAACGUUUAUAUUUGACUAUUGGUGUUUAUGUUAUAAAUAUUAUAUUGAAGUUGGUCACUUUUAAGUACGCAAUUGUUUUGCUUGACAGGAGGGGGGUCCCCCUCCAUCUGCUGGCUCCGUCGCCUCUUUGUUCAGGGCGACCAUUGUGGGUCACGUUAUUCUCUCGCACGUUUGCUGGCUUUCGUGUCGCCUCCUGAAGCCGGUGCCGCUCACUGGUGCCGCGUUUUAACCACCGUGGGCAAAAGAUGGAGAGCCGCAGAUGACGUAAUUCAGGAAACCCUAGUUUGAUUCUCGACAAUGUGAAUUUUGAGUGCUUUGUUAAAUAACGAAGACGAAUUUUUUUUUCACGCGGGUCCUACCUUGGCAUUCAUCGCAAUAUAAUGUAUAACCGGUGGGUCGAAUGCGAUGGGAGGAGCAAACCCCAUCACGGACGAGGGGAUAACAAAGCACCGAGCGGACAGGUUGGCAAACCCACUUGCUGUACUGCCAUCUGGAUACACUCCAGCACGGCUGGUUUAGUCGUUUGACAAAGCUGCGUGAUCCACUAACGCCCACAAUCCAUUAAUUUCAGGGCGGAGUUGGUGGAUCGCACAGAGAUGGUGACAUGCGAGGAGUUUCAGCAUCAUUUCCCCGUGUGCUUUGAUUAGGCUUUCUUCUCCAGAUGCACCGGUUUUGUUACGUGCGAUAAAAUAUAAAUGUAACAAUCAAACUGGCCACUCAUGCCAGUGUGGGAAUCUCGACACUGAGGCUUUUUCUUUUCUUAAAAAUCGAACAGAAAAAUUAUUUUAUUUCAAACCAGGGGAGAGUAGAUUCAGACCCCGCAUCUCUUCAAAGGAGGCCUGAAUUCAAAGGACGCAUGUGAGGUCACGCCCCAACAAUUGCUUUCGUGUGUGUCUAAAAAAUAUAAGCUACGUGUAAAACGUUCCACGCCCGUUCCUAUCGUGCGUUUGACAGUGGCCAGGUCCCCCCAUCUCCUGCCGAGGGAACAGGGAAGCCGUGGGUAGAAUGUGACUUGAUGGGGGUGUGAAUGUGUGGUCUCUUUAUUCUCUGUCUGUAGAUUUAAGACCGAGCAGAAGGAUGUGUUCUUGAAGACUGCUUUAGAAAACGUUAAGACUCUGCUACAUAUAACACGUUAGUGAAUGUAAAUUAAGUUGCAACACGUGUAAAUACGUUUUGUAAAUACCUAUCCUCGUGCUUGUAUCGCACACAUACACAGGUUUACAUACACUACAAUACGAGUUUUCUUUUUUACACUGGGAUAUUUGUAUUUAUUGCGGCGCGUCUUCAGGUUACAUCAUAACCGCCACGCAAAGGGAACAAAUCGUGAAAGGUGGCCCGGUUAAAGCUCCCCAGGGGUGGGCUAAGUACCAGGAUAAAACGUUGGGUUGCUGUUGGGGGUGAGUGAUUCAAUUUGGUUCGGGGUAGAGCUUAGAUUGUUAUUGGUUAGCCGGGCUAUGGGUAGUGCUUGUGUUAAGGUCUGUUUUUUUUGUUUGGUCAUGGCUGCGGGGGGUGGGUAGAGUCUGGCUUGAUAGCUAGUUUGAUUCGUGCUAGGGGAUAUGGCUAGGAUUUGGCUGGCUAGUGUGCUUAGGACUAGGGGAUGUGGUUAUGGUUUAGUUGGCUAGUGUGGUUAGGACUAGGGGAUGUGGUUUAGUUGGCUAGUGUGGUUAGGACUAGGGGAUGUGGUUUAGUUGGCUAGUGUGGUUAGGACUAGGGGGUAGGGUUGGGUUUAGUUGGCUGGUGUGCCUAUGGCUCGGGCGGAAGGGUUAUGAUUAGUGGGCUGGGGGGUAGGGUUAGUUGGCUAGUGUGGUUAGGGGUGAGUGCCCGUCUCGUGUGCGAAACACUCUUCCCCUCCCGAUUACCAAAUGCAGUCUUUUAAUUUGUUGUCCGUGUUUCACACUUUUGAUGUUCGUAGCGCUUGACCGUGAACUCUGGCGUGCGCGGUGUGUCGCCUGUCUUAACGGUCACCGCUGUGAGAAACCAAAGUGCGUGGUUAUUUUGACGAGGGGAUGGAAGUGGUUAGUCCAGGGCCUCCCGACUCGUGCUCGCUUUACGCGCAAACCCCCAGUCAGUUCCUUCGCAUUCGUUUUGCAAAAUAAAGAUUGUCGCACGUUGAAAUUUUGCCGAGUAAUGCAACUUGUGAUCCGAUUUACGAAAGGCGGGUACCGGUAAUCCCGUGUAAUAUUUGCUACAUUGUAAGUUGCGGUAUUGGAUUACCCCCGGUUUAUUUGUCUAACAUUGGAUUAUUUUAAUGUUAAAGACAUUUCCGAGAACAAUAUAGCUCGAGUGGGGAAGUGAUGCCGUUGACGUCUUGGGUUGACUUGAGGACCAGCAUUGACCAACGCUCGCAAGCCACGCCGCACAGCCUACGGUCGCAGCGUGAUACUGCUAUGAAAUCUGAUGGCGCGACCGGACACACGAGUGUGAUAUGAGUGACGAUAAAACUAAUCAAUCAGAUUAUCGAAUGCAGGAUCACGUUACGGGCGAGCGUCAAGUUCGUAGGCGGACGCCGAUUGCAUUUGAAAUUGCUGCCCUCCACAACCCCCGAGCAUUGCUGACAGAUUGACACUUGGAUUGGUCGAAGUGAAAACCUGGAGCGUGGGUUGGGAAGCAAAGUGCGGAAUGGAGUUUUUGGAGGCCCUGGGCUGUGAGCCGGUGCACGCUGAAGAAGAAACGGCCCGAGCUGCGUUGCUUGUGGCAUUGCCGCUGUGUGUGGCCGAUUGUGCAUCGAGUUUGCGUUUCACCGAUAACAUGUUUUAACACUUCCUAAUGUUAAUUUUUUUUUGUUACAGCUGAAUUGAGUAAAAGGUUUUUACCAAAGUUUUUAAGCCAUCACUGUGAAGGCGUGUCCGCCAUGCAAGCUUACUACGUAAUCACUUCAAGAACAGUCUAAUUACGUGCGACAAAACACUGCCAUUGCUGGUUUAAUGAAGGUCCAACGCUGGUUUAGUCUCACCCUAAGAGUGUUUAUAAAAUGUAGUUGGUUGCAAAUUUGGUCAAGGGUAGGAAUCUCCCCGGUUGCAUGGGCCACCUUUUACACAGAGCCGACCCGGACAUAUUUCUCAGUCGACACUAAAUCUAUCAAACCUGUUCUGUGUACCGUCAUAAAGUUCAACGCAAUACCAGAACCAGAUCUUGGUACAAAUCAAAUUCCUGCCACCCGAACACAUGCCAAUUCCCAACUUGUGAGGUUAAACCCAGAACCCAGCAAGGUGGCAACUCUACUCCCUGGCACCGUAUUUUCUUGCUCAGUUGAGUGUCGAGUGGAGUGCUCUCUUGGUGGCCCCAAGCUAAAGGUGGUGGUUAUUCUCCAUUCCUCUUCACAUGGGAAAACCUCUGAUGAUUUCUCAUGAUGUGCUGCUGAUCGAAUUGACCCAGGAGGGACUGCUAAUGAUGUUGGGCUGAGUUGACCCCUGACCAGAAUUUGACCUUGUGACUGCCAGUGGGAGGAUAACCUCUGUCCAGUGCCACCUGGACAGGAUGUAACAUGGACUUAGUAGCAUCGCUGCAUGCAUGCUCAGUCACUGCCAUAGCAAGCCUCGCACUCAAGGUAACGCACAGUCAGCAUUUCACAACGGUUGGUGCCUUUUGUCAAUUUGCGUAAAUAGCAAUGGAAGAAAGUAUAACUGCACUAAAUACAACAAUGAGCUGGACUGCAUUUUUAUUGAUGUUUAGAUUCCCGCGUGGAAAUGUGACGUGGAUCGAGUGUAAUUGUUGUAUGGGUGGUGGGCACUGACUCACAACGGACACAUUUCUGAAACCGAGUGGCAUUUAAAACGAUGCAUUUGUAAAUGAAAUAAAAACAAAUCACUGUGGUUUGGCCAAAAAAAUCCA